AUGAUUUUGCAGUCUGCUUCUGCGAGCUUCGACUUCUCCUCCUCUCUAAAUCUUCUACCCCAGCUCUGUCCAUGUAGGAAUUCGUCACUAGCUGCCGGACAUCCCUGUAAGAGGAGGAGGCGAGUCAACUUUAGGCGGCAAUUCAGUUCUCGUGCUUGCGCAAUCCCCAGCGAUAGGUACGGUUAUGGGAACUGCACUGUCAAUAUAGAUGGCUUAGCCAGUUCCGCCAGACGGGGUGCUCAGAGCAUCAUUCUGGAUCGAAUUUCUGACGAGCUGGAGGAUGAAAUCCUGGGGCAGGAUGAGUCUUCGUCUUCGUUUUCGUCUUCCUCGAUGCAGAUGGGAUCCAAGUUUUCCAGUUACCAACAGGAUCCAAUGGUGGAUAAGUUGAGGACUCAUUUGGGGGUCAUUCAUCCAAUUCCGUCGCCUCCCAUUAAUGGGAACCUUGCCUGGUUGUUUGUUUUCUUCUUCUUCGUAGGGGUGGUUUUUGAUAAACUGUGGACCGCGAGGAGGAGGAAAGCGGGGAAUGAAGAUGGCCAGCUCGGGACGUGGCCGCAAGUUCCCACUAGCUUCUCUUUGUUCUUGGAGAAGGAUUUGCAGAGGAAGGAGUCGGUGGAGUGGGUGAAUAUGGUGUUGGGCAAGUUGUGGAAGGUCUACAGAGGUGGAAUUGAGAAUUGGAUCAUUGGAUUGUUGCAGCCGGUCAUCGACGAUCUGAAGAAGCCAGAUUAUGUCGAUAGAGUUGAGAUUAAGCAAUUCUCAUUGGGGGAUGAACCAUUGUCUGUCAGGAACGUAGAGCGCAGGACUUCUCGUAGGGCCAAUGACUUACAGUAUCAAAUAGGCCUUCGAUAUACAGGUGGUGCUCGCAUGCUUCUUAUGCUUUCUUUAAAAUUUGGAGUAAUCCCGGUUAUGGUCCCAGUCGGUGUUCGGGACUUCGACAUUGAUGGUGAACUUUGGGUCAAACUAAGGUUGAUCCCAACAGCACCUUGGGUUGGAGCUGCUUCUUGGGCUUUUGUUUCACUCCCACGGAUCAAGUUUGAAUUAUCACCUUUCCGCUUAUUCAACUUGAUGGCUAUUCCUGUUCUCUCUAGGUUCUUGACAAAACUUCUCACUGUGGACUUGCCUCGAUUGUUCGUGCGUCCAAAGAAGAUUGUUUUGGAUUUUCAGAAGGGAAAAGCAGUUGGCCCUGUGUCAGCUGGUUCACAAGCUAGAGAAACGCAAGAAGGAAACAGGGAUUUCGUUGGUGAAUUAUCAGUGACUCUUGUGGAUGCUCGGAAACUUUCUUACCUCUUAUAUGGUAAAACUGAUCCAUAUGUUGUUUUACGUCUGGGGGAUCAAACAAUACGCAGUAAAAAGAACAGUCAAACAACAGUAAUUGGACCCCCUGGCGAGCCAAUCUGGAAUCAGGAUUUUCAUUUGCUUGUUUCGAACCCUAGGAGUCAAAAACUCAUUGUCCAAGUGAAAGACUCUCUUGGAUUCAGAGACCUGACCAUCGGUACGGCAGAGGUUGAGUUGGUGUCUCUGCAAGACACAGUGCCAACAGAUAGGAUUGUCCUUUUGCAAGGGGGUUGGGGACUAUUCGGGAAGGGAUCUGCGGGAGAAGUACUGGUUCGGCUAACAUACAAGGCAUAUGUCGAGGAUGAAGAUGAUGACAAGGCUGUGGAGACGGAGUCGGUUGACACGGACACUUCAGAUGAUGAGGUGAACUCUGAUGAACUCGAUGUAAUCUAUGAACCUGCAGAUCAAAGGGAUUUACUAAAUGGAACAGACAAAGAAUCUUUCAUGGAUGUUCUUGCUGCCCUGAUUGUGAGUGAGGAAUUUCAAGGGAUUGUAGCAUCAGAGACGGGAAACAUUAGAGCAAUGGAUGAUCCAUCGAAUGGGGCCCCCACUCUUCCUAGGCCCUCAGGUAUGAGUGCUGAAUCAGUGCCAUCUAGUUCAAGCCAGAGUUCUGAAGGUUCAGGAGGAUCUGUGUUGCUGGGUCUUGCUGCAAUUACAAGCAUAUUAGUUCUAAUCUCUCUUAGUAUGACGAGCGGAUCAAAUCUUUUCAAUCCGUGA